GGUUUAUCCCGUGUGUGUCCCCCCCCCCAGACGAAGAAGCGCAGGAACAACGGCCGCGCCAAGAAGGGCCGCGGGCACGUGCAGCCCAUCCGCUGCACCAACUGCGCCCGCUGCGUCCCCAAGGACAAGGCCAUCAAGAAGUUCGUCAUCAGGAACAUCGUGGAGGCCGCGGCCGUCAGGGACAUCUCGGAGGCCAGCGUGUUCGACUCGUACGUCCUGCCCAAGCUGUACGUGAAGCUCCAUUACUGCGUCAGCUGCGCCAUCCACAGCAAAGUCGUGCGGAACCGCUCGCGGGAGGCGCGCAAGGACCGGACCCCCCCGCCGCGCUUCAGACCCGCCGGUGCUGCUCCCCGGCCCCCCCCCAAGCCGAUGUGAGGAGACUGGCUGGAUGUGCCCCCCCCCGUGCAGAAUCAAUAAAGGACCAUGCACCGA